AUGCCAUCAGGAGGCAGCUUGCGUUACUCGACCGUCACCAUCAAACCCUCAACUUGGCACACAGCUACGCCCGACUCGUCCGCGUACAACUCGCCCGCCGCCUCCGUCCUCGACUCAGACGAGGAGAGGGUGAUGGAAGGCUGGCAGUUCUCGCGGCCGUCUAGUCUGGCUCUUCCAGGUGGCCCGCUCUGCUCGCGACCGACGCUGGACGAUGUGCUCUCCAACACCGCUGCGCCGCCAUACACCCUCACCGCGUUCAUGGCCUACCUGUCCCAGAACCACUGCCUCGAGACGCUCGAGUUCACAAUGGACUCGAAACGGUAUGCCGAGACCUACAAGGCCGUCUCCAGACAGGUCGACGAGUUCCCCAUCCUGUCAGACAGCCCGCAGGCAGACCAUCUCUGCAUGCUAUGGCACCGGCUGCUCUCUGCAUAUGUCAUGCCAGGGUCUCCCAGGGAGAUAAACCUUCCCAGCGCCGUCAGGGAUGCCCUGCUGAGACACUCCAAUCUGAGAAGACCACCUCCACCCGAGACUCUAGACGCUGCAGUGAAGCGAAUACACGAUCUCAUGGACGAAUCCAUCUUCAUCCCAUUCUUAAACAGCCAUGUCUCGCCCCAGUCGCAGCCGAGUUACUCCCGGGACGGCUCCCCAGAGGAGCGUGAUGUCGGCCGCCACAAAUCGAUGCGACGGCGGCUAUCACCGCAGUCAUCGUUCGUCUCCCCACGCUCUAACGCCAGUGGUUAUUGCUCCUAUCACUCGUCGACACCCUCGACCAGCCCGCCUUCUCACCAGUCCAUCUCCAGAACGACCACCACCAGCAGCCGCUCUUCGCCGUACGGCUACACCAGCGGCGACUCAGUGUCAGGUACAUUGACAGACGACUCGGGCGGCAGUCUGCCAUCCAGCCCUGGCGCAGGAGACCCGAUGACUCCGCCGACAACCCCGCCGUCGAGUGACCUACAUCACCAUCACUCCAAGAGCCGUCAAGAAAACGCCUGGAAGAAGAUGGGCAUGAAGCUCGGGUGGAAGAAGAAGUCCGGGGGAGGCAGCAGCACCAGCAGCAGCAGUGGUGGUGGCCGUGGUUAUUCAACAACCUCAGCUUCAAGGGACGGUCGAUAUCAAGACGACAUGUAUUAG